AUUUUUUAACUCCUUACUACCGACCAAUCAUGAGCUCCCAGAUUCGUCAGAAUUAUUCUACCGAGGUGGAGGCCGCCGUCAACCGCCUGGUUAACAUGCAACUGCGGGCCUCCUACACCUACCUCUCUCUGGGCUUCUAUUUCGACCGCGACGAUGUGGCUCUGGAGGGUGUGGGUCACUUUUUUCGCGAAUUGGCCAAGGAGAAGCGCGAGGGCGCGGAGCGUCUCUUGAAACUCCAAAACCAGCGUGGCGGCCCCGCCCUCUUCCUGGACGUGCAGAAGCCAUCUCAAGAUGAGUGGGGUAAAACGCAGGACGCUAUGGAAGCCGCCCUUCUCGUAGAGAAGAACCUGAAUCAAGCCCUGUUGGAUCUGCAUGGCCUGGCUUCUGCCCGCGGAGACCCCCACAUCUGUAAUUUCCUGGAGAACCACUUCCUAGAUGAGGAAGUGAAACUCAUCAAGAAGAUGGGUGACCACCUGACCAACCUCCGCAGGCUGGCUGGUCCCCAGGCUGGGUUGGGCGAGUAUCUCUUCGAGAGGCUCACCCUCAAGCACGACUAGGAGCUUCUGGAGACCAGUGGCCUUUGAAGAACCCACCUAACAUCAGGGCUGCCUGAAGCCCCUCUCUGCAGCUACUAGGCAGCUUUUUAACAUCCUGGAGCACUCUCUCAA